AUGUCAAAAUCUAAGAACAAGCUGAAUUUAAAACUUCAACAGUUACCCCAACCGGAGUCUCCCGAUCCAUCGCCCAGCAAUGCCGUACCUGUUAAUGAAGUAAUAAAUUUAACCAAAAAAUUGGAUGGAUUAGACCUUGAUGAUCAGCAGCGGCGAAGGUUGGAAGCUUUCUUGCAUCAAAAGAGUCGAGUUAAGGAACUAAAUGGUGAAGACUUCGAAACGCUUUGUGAGCUAGGAGCUGGUAAUGGCGGUGUUGUUACCAAAGUUAGACAUACUCCUAGUGGAUUGAUUAUGGCAAGGAAGUUAAUCCAUCUGGAAAUAAAAGCCGCAGUAAGAAAUCAAAUAAUUCGCGAAUUAAAAAUCUUGCACGAAUGCAAUUCCCCAUACAUUGUGGGAUUUUAUGGUGCCUUUUACAGCGACGGAGAGAUCUCUAUUUGCAUGGAACAUAUGGAUGCAGGAUCUCUUGAUAAAGUUAUGAAAAAAGCUAGGAGGAUACCUGAACCAAUUUUAGGAAAAAUCGCGAUUGCUGUCAUUAAAGGUCUCACGUACUUAAGAGAGAAACAUAAAAUAAUGCAUAGAGAUGUGAAGCCAUCCAAUAUUUUAGUCAACUCAAGAGGUGAGAUAAAGAUGUGCGAUUUCGGUGUGAGUGGGCAACUUAUUGACUCAAUGGCGAAUUCUUUUGUCGGCACACGAUCAUAUAUGUCUCCUGAACGUUUAACUGGGUCACAAUACACAGUACAUUCCGAUAUCUGGAGUUUCGGUAUGUCAUUAGUGGAGAUGGCUAUUGGCCGUUAUCCCAUUCCUCCACCCGACAACGAAAGUUUAAAUCAAGAAAUUGCAAACGAUGAAUUUAGUCCAGCAUCUGUUGCACCGCCUGGGAGAGCGGUAUCUGGUGAUGAUGCUCCAAAGCCAAUGGCCAUCUUUGAACUGUUAGAUUAUAUCGUCAAUCAGCCGCCUCCAAGACUUCCAUCAGGAGGUGUCUUCUCUAAGGAGUUUCAAGAAUUUGUUGAUUGUUGCCUCCAAAAAGAUCCUAAAGAAAGACCAGAUUUAUAUGAACUAUCUAAAAAGCCAUUCAUCCAGAAAUGGGAAGCUGAAGUAGUAGAUAUUGCUGGAUGGAUAUGUAAAGUUAUGGAUUUGUCUCCGCCUAAACUAGAAUCAAUUGUUUAA